AGUCAAGAGCCAACAGUUGCGCGCAAUCUUUGCACAGUCCGAUCUUUCGUGGCAGCGCGGCAGCUGGUUGGGUCUUUCGGUAUCCACAGCAAAGGUGUCCUUUAGGCGCUAGCAGCUUAAACAGUCCACGUUAGUCCGUUGGGCUGUACGCACGUGUCCGCUUCUGCUGCGCUCUUGAUGUGAUUUAGCUUUGGUGAAAAAACACUUACAAAAAAAAGCAAGAGUGGUUAACUUUGAAAUGUAUAUGUUACUCAGACUGUGACUUGUUUUUAUUAACUGAAUUUCGUCGACAAACAAAUUGACUGCAAUUAAUUUCCAAUUUGAAUUUCAAUCGAAUUACAUUGUAUUCUUUCGCCAUUAAAAAAUCAUCAAUUGUGUUAGUGUACGUGUGUAUGUGCUGUGCUCGCUUCGUGACACGGUGCAUCGGCUGUGUGGCGGUGGCAAUCAGCGCGACGUGGCGGCAAACACGUGUCUGCAAUAGAGCGACUGCACACAGCUGUAACAAAUAACAACAACCAACAGCUGACAUAAGUGUUCAUGCUUUUGUGGCUUGUCUAUGUGAGCGCGUUCGUGAAAGUGUGUGUAUGUGUAUGUGCGGCCGUUGCGCGGAAUUUGUAUCCGAUUUCGCAGUAAGCAGCUGAUGUUCGAGCGCGCCAACAAGUGAGCCAGACAAAUAGAGCCAAUCACACAGUGCACAACAACAACAAGCUGGAAAGCGGAUGUGGAAAUCAGCAGUAUAUUCAGAAUUUAUUGCUUGUGAGAAAAACGGAUGAAAAAGCAGAAAAAUUAAUAGAAUAACAAUCCUUCAAGCUCGAAUUAUGCAACUGACUUUGGAAGCAACAUCCUCCAGCGUGUUAUGCGGAUUUCUAAACCGUAAUACCGAGAUAGAUGUCCUUGCUGGCUAGCACUUUGUGGUUACACUGCUAAUACUGUUAUUACCGAAAAACACUUAAAAUGCAGCUUUUAGCAAACAUCGAAAAGUGACUGCACUAUAAAUACCAAACACACAACGACCACAUCGGUCACAAUCUAUAGGCGUUGCAUAUAGUGACUGACAAAAUGACAACGCCCACACAAAAUGAGUACGCAGAUAUUGAGCUGUCCACGCUGGAGAUUGGCGGCAGCAACAAUAAAACGGAUCCCAUUUUCUCCAUCAAGCCGGAUUUCAUAACCCAGUGGCGACAGAAGAAGGAGCGUGAAAAUAUUUGCAAAUCCAUUUUUAAUCGCUUCGUCGAGCAUACCGAAUGUAAGCGCCUGCUGGAGGCCGCUCAAUUGUAUCAUCCUUUCAUCGGCGAAAAUGGUGAACUGAACAUUUGGAAUGCUAAUAUCGAUAUGGAUAUGUUGGCGACCUAUGCUAAUCGCAGCUUGAACUAUAGCCUUUUGGAAGAUUUUACGAAUGUGACUACACGCGGUCCCACGCCCUCGCAAGUGCUGCCCCCUUUUGCGCUCUGGCAGAGCAUACUAAUCGCGCUGUGUUUAUCGAUCUGCAUUAUCUUGACGGUGGGCGGUAAUGUGCUUGUACUGCUUGCCUUCAUCGUGGAUCGUAAUAUACGACAACCAAGCAAUUAUUUUAUAGCAUCUUUAGCUGCCACAGAUGUGCUUAUCGGUUCCAUUUCAAUGCCUUUCUACACGAUAUACGUGUUGAUGGGCUACUGGGAUUUGGGACCGUUGCUUUGUGAUCUUUGGCUCUCCGUUGACUACACAGUUUGCUUGGCAUCACAGUAUACAGUGCUGCUUAUAACCAUCGAUCGAUAUUGUUCGGUGAAGAUCGCGGCAAAAUAUCGUAGUUGGCGCACCAGAAAACGUGUGAUCUAUAUGGUCACCAUUACGUGGAUUGUGCCGGCGUUGCUAUUUUUCAUCUCCAUAUUCGGUUGGGAACACUUUACGGGCAAGCGUGAUCUCUUGCCCGGGCAGUGCGCUGUGCAGUUCCUUAAAGAUCCGGUUUUUAAUACGGCGCUUAUUAUUGGCUACUAUUGGACGACGCUCGUAGUUUUAUUUGUCUUGUACGGUGGUAUUUAUCGUACCGCCUAUGAAAUGCAGAAACGUAGUGAAGCCAAGCAGCGGAAAAUGCAAUCGAUGGUGGCAUUAAGUGCGGGGGCUAUGUCUGGUAUGGCCGGACAUGCCGCCGGUAUUGGUGUUAUAGAAGAAAAGAUACUGAAAACUCAAGUAGAGAUCGGUGGCGCCACGACGAAGGAUGGUAACAACUGCAGCGGUGCGACGAAACGUGGCUCAGGUCAGAUGAACCCACUCGCGCAAGCCGAAGCUAUAAACGGCACUGCCAGCGAUGGCGUCAAUGAGCAGCGUCGCAUUUCGGAAGGUAAAAUGGAAAAUGGUAAACGCGAUGGUGGCUCUGGUGAAACUGAGAAAAGUGAACGCUCCAGCAGCCCGGCAUUUGAUUCGGACGAGGAAAGCUCAGUCAAUCAAGCACAACAAAUGGCAAAUCAACAAAAACUAGCCAAUCUGCGCAAGCGUUCAUCAAUCGGCCUGGUUUUCGGCGCACAGGCAGCACUCAUUGCUACACGUAGUAAAGGUAAUUUAACCCAAUGCUCCACAAAUUCCAAGUCCAAUGAAGCCAUGGCCACAUCCCCCAACCCAACACGCAGCGGUGUACUUAUACGUACGCAAAGCAAAGAAGAGGUGAGUGUACAUACAAGCGUGAGUAGCGAUCGACCUAAGCGUACGUCUUGCUCGACGCUUUCUCAAAUUGUCGAAACGGAGCGGCAGCAGGAUGAGCAGAUCAGAGCGGAACCUACGCCACCGCGUUCGCGGUCCAGUACGGCUACAAAAUUCGUCGCUGAAUCACCGCUUUCACCGGUCGACAUCGCGCCUAUUGAAGUGCCACGUGACCAGGUACAACCGUGCUUGGUACAAGCUAUACUACCACCUCCCGAGCAAUUCCAAUGUCCCACACCUCUCUCCGACUAUUCGGACCGGCCUUUAGGCGGCAACAGCAGUAACAGCGAAUUAAAUAUGACUUAUAACCUACUUACCAAUCAUUCCGAUUUGCGUUUUAUGGACGAAAGUUCUGUAAUGCUAGCAUCACCUACCACUAAUGACAGCGUAACCAGCUCACUGCGGCAAGCCAUACCACAAGCCGCUGCUGCCAUGCGUGCGGAAGUGCUGACCAAUCAGGAGCGUGCCAAUCAAGUCGUCACUAACCCUAAACUGUUGCAACAGGCUCUGCAAAAGGCUGCAGCUGCGCAACAGCAACAGCAACAUCCUAAGCCAAAAAUUACAGAACGUGUUUCCCCACCUGAAACCGGCAAUCCACCCGCUCCACCCAAUGGUAACACAAAUUUUACACCACCAAAUGGGCUUGAAAAUGUCGAAAUUGAACGUCAUCUUCUUGUUUCCUACACAGGCAUGGAAGAUUUUGUCAAAAUGCGUCGCGAAAGCUGCAUAGAAGCUAUUAGUUUGCUAAGCGUCAAUGAGCAUGCCAAAUUAGUUGAAGACAAGGUGAUCUUAACGGAAAUACGACGCAGCUCCAGUCCGCUAGAGAUGAAUACGAAAAGUAAAGGCAACACAACCACCGCCGCCACUACAGUGACGCUCACCAUGCAAAAUCAAUUAACAACAACUAUAACCACAACGGUGCCACCAGCGCAACUUGAGAAAAUUGAUGAACGUGAAACAUCCGAGACCACCACAACUACCAACAAGUUGGCUAACACAACGCAGGCCACAAGCAGCAUGGAUUCGACGGCGCCGCCACCAACAAGCACCGCACAAAUUGACAACACAAUCUGCACGGGGUACGUUUCGGGCGCUGGCAUCAGCACAACCGGCGGCAGCAGUAGCAGCACCUCGAAUACCAACAACAAGCCGUCGAGUAUAAAAUCACAGAGAGAAGCGAGCGGUGAAGCGGCCAGCCGGAAUUCGAGUAAACGCGACUUUAUGCACUCGAUUGGUAAGCACUUCAAGAGCAAAAAGAAAAUACCACUGUUAGUUGGUGGUGGGCGACAAAAAUCAAAGUCGGAGAAUCGUGCACGCAAAGCGUUUCGCACGAUCUCCUUCAUACUUGGCUGUUUUGUGGCGUGUUGGACGCCAUACCAUGUGCUCGCACUGGUGGAGGGCUUCUGCCGCAAUCCACCCUGCACCAACGAGCAUCUCUAUAUGUUUUCAUAUUUUCUUUGCUAUGCGAAUAGUCCGAUGAAUCCCUUUUGCUACGCGCUCGCGAAUCAACAAUUCAAGAAGACGUUUACGCGCAUACUCAAAGGUGAUUUUCAUAUGACUUAAAUCUUAAAGUUUGAUCGGUAUGGUAGUGAAGAGAUUCAAUGUUAGAGCGUAUGAGUGUGUGAGAGCAUUACUGCUGAGAGUGUCAAGGUGAGAGAAGAAGGCAGCUUACAGAGUUCAGCAAAGUGCACAGAGCCCUAUAAAGCUUGCACAUCUAAAGCUUGCGAAGCAGAUUAAAACAUGCAGUCUAUUCGAAAACUUAUAGAGCGUAAUAAAGCUUAGAAAAUACAAGCAAGCAAGCUUUAAGCACAUGAAAACAUUCUGUCUAUUAUAAAGCUUUCAGAGCAUUUUAAAAUUUAAAUUAAAGUUGGCAGAGCAUUGAAAAGCUUGAGAAGCACAUUAAUGCGUUCAAAGCACAACAAAGCUUAAAAGCUCUGAGUUGAUAGUUUUAGAAUAUGUUUUCGAAUUAUCAAAGUAACGAGUUUACUUUAAAAUUUUCUACUAAUUUCCAACAUAAUAUUAGUCUAAAAUUAAAAAAGGCAAAAUAUAUUUGGUGACGCUGCUUAGGUGUGAACCCUAAUGAGCCCUAGGCACUACCAGUUGUCAGCGUUGCCAAAUAUAUGCAAAUAUAUUAAAAAAAAAUUGUUUACAAAGAAACUUUUCUAAAACAAUUCAACUCUAAAAUAUCAUCUGUAAGCUGCCAGUGACGCAAUAGACGAAUGUGAGGUUAGGUAUAAGAUAAAAAAAAUAGAAUUAUUUGCAAAAACUAUGUAGCUUAGUAUGUAUGAGAGCGUGUGUGCUUGUUUGUGUAUUUAAUGGUUCCCUUAGUGCAUUACAGCCGGCCACAAUAAGCGCGCCUCGCGCCAAAAGCUUGAGAACUUCUAUUGGUAAGCUGACGGCGUGGCGUGCGCAGGCCAUAAAUUACGCUAAUUUGAAUUUUUUGUUAAAAGGUAAUAUAAAAUAUUAAUUUAAGCUAAAAACAUAUUUUUUAAAACUUACAAAAAGUAUUAGAAAUGUUAAGAAAUAUAAAAAAUUAUUUAGAAAUAAAUAAAAAAUAAGCAUAUUAUAAUAUAUUAAUCUUACUUAAAUGUAGUGGCUAGCGACACAAUAACUUUAUUAUUAAUGUGUAUGGAAAUAUGCAGCGUUAAAAAAUAUGUUAAUUAAAUAUGAUAAACAAAUUUUAGACAAUAACUACUAAAGUAAAAUAGCUGCAUAUUUUUAGUUAAAAUACUGCUUAAGAAAAUCUCAAAUAAUAAUUAAUUAAUUAGUAAUUAUAAGUAAGUAUUAAUUAAUUAUAAUUACCUAUAUCAAACCCAUAAUUACCAAAUAAGUCAUUAAGUAAAAAUUAGAAAAAAGUUGUUAAACACAGUCAAACAGUGCGAUUUAAGGCAAUUACAUAAGUGUAUACUUAUUGUUAACACCCACAUACAUACAUAUAUAUUGAUAUAUAAAUAAUAACAAUACAUAAAUUAACUGUUAUUUGUAAUUGUCAAUAUGCAACACAAUUUAGAACAACAAAAUAGAAUUUAAACGCAUGCCAACCACACACACACACACACAGACCUUGUUAGCAUAUGUAUAUACGUACAUAAAUAUCACUUAGCAUAUGCGUGUGUGUGUGCAUAUACAUGUCAAAGACAAAUAAUAUGUGCAAUUAAUAAGACACAUACAUACAAAAAUCUUACUUACUUACACUUGCCUAUGUGGAACAAUAAAUAAUAUUAAUUGUAAACACAUAUAUGUUAUA